AUCUCGUUAAAAUCCAUGCAGUGACGACUAAUUAAUUAAUGUGCUUUACAAGUUAUAAUGCAGAUGAUUAAGCCCAUUAAGCUUUGUGGCCGAUCAGGGAGGUAAAGUUAGUUGCAUGAUUUCAUAUUAAAAUUAGUUUGGUGUAAUGACCCAUUUGGAUAUUCCACUAUUAAAUCUUAUUUUAUUUGCAAAUCUUAUUUUCUGUUGGUCUUAUCUAAGGGCAUCUGGCGUACAAGUUAAUAAUGCUAUAAAAGCAUUGACCACUCUUAAAUCAUAUUAUAUUUCCUCUACACUGGCUGCACCACUAUUUUAUACAUUUUGACUUUAUAACUCAUAUAUUAUAUUUAACGAGAUUAAAUAUAUGCCAUCACUAUUAUACAUUAACUCUCCCCAAACUUUAGAUUCAGGAUUUUAACAAAAAUAUGGGUUCCCCUAAAAUCCUCUUGUUUCUUCUCUUCUUCCUAUUUCCCACUUUAAACGCACAAAAGCAUUGCCAAAUCUCCAUGUGUGGCAAUAAAUACAUCCCUAUUCGAUUCCCUUUUCGGCUAAAAUCUCAUCAGCCUCGAAGAAACUGUGGCUACCCAGGUUUCGACCUGAGUUGCAAUAAGCAGAACACAACAGUUUUGAAACUCCCUUUUUCUGGGGAAUUUUAUGUUCGAGAGAUCAACUACGUAACUCAAGAAGUACUUCUCUAUGAUCCUCUUAAGUGUCUUCCUCGUAGGCUUUUGAGCUUCAAUCUUGCAGGGUCUCCUUUCAUAUCUGCUUUUUAUCAGAACUACACCUUCCUCAGUUGCCCAUCUUCCUACACCAAGUCUCGUUUUGCUCCCAUAGAUUGUCUUAGCAACUCAACUCAUUCUGUUUUAGCUACCUCUUCAAUGACUCUUGCUAACCAAAUAUUGGCCGAGUCGUGUAAGCUUAUGAAAACUAUAACAGUUCCGGUUAAAAGACCUGUUCAGUUCAAUGAAGGAUUCUCCAACAGCCUUAAUAAUGAUCUCCAUUUGACAUGGUAUGAACCCGAUUGUAGUAUUUGUGAAUUACAAGGAGGCAUCUGUGGUUUCAAGAGUAACACCAGCAAAGAAAUCGGCUGCUUCUUCAAUCGUGAAAAUAGUCGAUCAAACGAUGGUCUCCAAAUAUUCAGAAUCAUUUGCUUGGCCAUUGCCGUGCCAGCCAUGACAUGCGCAAUUGGGAUAGCCUGUUUCGCUUGCCUUGUAGAUAGGUCACAUCGAGGUCAUGCACGGCGGAGACCAACAGCAGUGGCGGCCGCACCAGAUGGUCUUGAACACAGCAUUGUCAUGGUGGGCCUGGAUGACUCCACCAUAGAAUCAUAUGAAAAGGUUGUUCUUGGUGAGAGCAGGCGGGUACCGGGUCGAAAUGAUACCACUUGUCCUAUAUGCUUAUCUGAGUACUGCAGCAAAGAGACUCUGAGAUGUAUACCUGAGUGCAAACACUGCUUUCAUGCUGAGUGUAUAGACGAAUGGCUCCGGUUGAACGGAACUUGUCCAGUUUGCAGAAACACCCCAUCUCCAUCCCCUGCUCAUGUUAACUCGGAUUCAGAUCGUGCUAACUCAGAAACUUUCUGAUAAAGUAGUAAUUUUUGUGCCGUCUCCGAUCACACAUAGGUCUUUUUUUUUCUUUUACUGUACAUUUGUAUUUUAAAGAUUUUUUUUUAAGAGAAAAAUCACAUCGAUAUAUUGCUACCAACAAGCAUGUGUAACAUACCUUUCAAGAGACAAAAAUACUAUGAUUGCACUCUAAAGAAA